AUGGCGGCCUUCGACCACUUCGGGAACAUGUACGACGUGACAUUCAAACCCCGCUUGCUUCUCUCCCUCAUCAGAGACCACCUUCCCGAAGAGAAUGGUCCCUUCUCCGACCCCUCUCAACUAUCCAAGGCUGUGUCGCUCAUCAAAACACACUCUCUUCUCUCCGAGUCUUUUGUCUCAGGCUCCACACCCCCUAAAGUAGUAGAAGCGUGGAAAUCCGCACUCUCUUCCUGGCUCAACCGCAUUUUCUCCCUCCUUUCCACUACCAUGCCAGAUAAAUGCUGUGCGGGGAUCUAUCUACUCGGGAUUACUUGUGAGGAGUGCAGCUCUGAGCGUUUUCUAGAAUCUUACUUUGUUUGGUUCCACAAGUUGCUGGCUUUUCUACAGGUACCGAGAUAUUUGACCAUGCAUGCUGAUGGUUCUUUUGUUAGAAUGUUUGGUUUUAGGAAUAUGAAGGGUUGUUCACUGUAG